AUGGAUGGCAGCCGAAUGUUGAUCUUCAUGGAUACCAAGAAAGGAUGUGAUCAGAUUACCUGGCAGCUUCGCAUGGAUGGCUGGCCAGCUCUUUCAAUUCAUGGAGAUAAAAGUCAAGCAGAGAGGGAUUGGGUCCUCUCAGAGUUUAAAGCUGGCAAGAGUCCUAUAAUGACUGCUACGGAUGUUGCAGCUCGUGGUUUAGAUGUGAAGGACGUGAAAUAUGUGAUAAAUUAUGACUUCCCUGGAUCCCUUGUGGACUAUGUUCACCGUAUUGGUCGAAUAGGAAGGGCCGGGGCAAAACGAACUGCACACUUUCUUCACUGCCGCAAAUGCUAG